UUGACUAAUUGUUCAUUCUUUCUUAUUCUUACAUGUAUGCCCAUUAGACAGUAAGUUUCAUGAAAAUCUGAUAUGCCAAUGUGUACAUUGGUGUGCAAUUUAUGGUUUUCCUCUACCAUUGAUAAGAGUUUGAUAUGUUGGCUACUGUAAGGCCACCAGUGGUCACAGCAGAGCCUGAUUCAUGGCCUGGCCAGUGGCAAAAGGUCCUUCACUGUGUGUGUGUGUGCAGCAGUCAAUUUCAAAUUGUCAUACCAUAAUUUACCCAUGUUUGGAAACCAAAAAAGAAAGUGGUUUAGACACUCAGUUUUAGAAUUUGUCCUUACUUAGUACUUUUGUGAAUACAAAAAUGACAUACACCUAUUUUUUUGGAAAGACAUCUUGCAAUGUGUGUGUGUGUGUGUGUUAUAAACAUUUAUUACUGAAGUGGUAGGCCUCUAUUGUACCACAGUUAUGUUUGUUAUGGUUCAACUGUGUUUAUUACAUAGUUAACUCCAUUAUUAUAUUUAUGUCAUGAAGUAAAAUGACUCAUUCAGUUGACUACUAUAAGAAAAACCUCUCUCAUUGUGUACUUACAAUUGGCUGCUGAAACAACUUCUUGUGUCCCCAUCACAUCUCACACAGUGCAUUGCCAAUUUUUCCCCUUCUCUGAAAAAUAUGUGGGGCCUAAUAGCACUGUCUAGCUCAUAAUCUGACUAGCAGCUUAUGUUUUGCUGUUACCAAAUAUUCUGAUAAAUUGCUUUGUGCCAACCUUAUUUAUAUCUAAAAGACUGCUAGGAUUAAACAUUGACAAUUUCCAGUGCAUGGGCAAUAUCCCGCUUAACUACACGUGUGGCUUAAGUGAGUUGAAUGGUAUGUUCCCUCUUCUUGUGCAAUACUUGGUGUUUAUAAUCAGUAGUCAAAGGUGGCUUACACACAUGACGUGUUGGAAUUUUUUUUUUUACGAUGAAGACACUACUGUACACUUUUCUAGGUAUUAAUUUCUUCGACUUCUUUAGUACUGUUAUGAAGUUAUUAAAUUGUUUAUAACUUACAUUUCAUGUACUUUUGUUAAUAUACACAUGUCACGUUUCACUUUAAUUCAGUUCAGGAAAGCAGUGUACUUUUUGUGAAACUGUUAAAAUAAAAGUCAAGAAGAUAUAAAUCUUUGCAGUCUGUGUAUACCAUUUUGUAUGUAGAAGCAUUUUCUACUAAUUUCCAUGUAAGUGCAUAUGACUAAACAACAGAUGGAUACAAAUAUGGACAUGACAGAAGUGUCAGAUUCCACCCAUCUGUUUUGACCCAUGGCGCCAUCAACAUGGGGAAACGAGUACUUCCAGUGUAUACAAAAUGACUGACAAUGGUGUCACUACAUAUACACGCCAACAAACACGAACAAAUAUAAAAAGGACACAGUAAUGCCUCACUCCAAAAAUAAAAUGAAAGUAAUGGGACAACCACAGGAAAUUGGCGUUUUAGGGUGGGGAUAAGCUAAAUAUACAACAAUAAACAACUGCACCAUCACAGAACAAAUAAUAAAAAAAAUUAAAUUAUAGCAUUUCGCUACACCAACACCACCACAGGAAUCUGACAUUUCCAGUGAACUAUAUAGCUCAACCGGAACUACCGAUACCAAAAAUAAACACCUACAACUCCAGAAAGAGGAAUCAGACCUUUCCCUUGGCCUAUAUAGCUAAACGGCAGUUAUCAAUACCAAAAUACCAUCACCUACAACUCUGAAAAGUGGAACCAAAUCCCCCACAACUCAAAAACCCAAAUACUCCAUAUUCACUACAUCAAUUAAAACACAACCGACCUACCUUAAAUAUACAACAUACAAAACAUCAAAUUACUAUACAAUAAAACGAAAACAAAAAUUACUUACCAAUAAUAGCCGGAAAUACCAUCUAGGUACAUGUGCACACACACACGCCACAAACGUGACACUUAACAUAUUCAGCAAUAAGACCAACCAUCUGCAGAAAGUGUAUGAGAGACAUCACAUCAUCACGCAUCUCAGAAUGUAAUGAUACAGUUGUAAACUUCACUGUCAUAUCCAUACCUAACGGGGAAAAUAAAAAAGAAAGAAAAAGAAAUAUUAGACUUCUUUCUGCACAACAAGCACCGAAUUAAUCAGGCCUAACAAAAACGCCAAAUACAUAAACAAAAAAUAACUGUAAUCACUCGCUGAAAACACUUCCACUACCCGUGUUACUGCACCAUCUCCCUUAACUCAAAACCACCUUAUCACGAUGACAACCAAAACUCAAAUCAUCCCAAUAUCACAAGUUAAACUCAGCAUGCCCACCACCAGUGGGCACCAUCAGCUACAACCACCAGUGGACACCAGCAGAUACAACAAGACAUCUACAAACACAGCCAACUCAAAAAAGCCACGCUAUUACAUAAUGGGUCAAAGCAGAUGGGUGAAAUUGAAUGCUUCCAUUGAUCCCAAAUAUGCAAGAGGCAUGUUCCCGUACAGUUCAUUUAGUAGCCAUAUAAAUGUAUCUCUGUCUCUGCAAACAACAGAAAAGGAAAAAAAAGGUGACAUCUAUUUAUAUUACCUGGUUUCAAUUGUUGUAAUCUCAUAUUGUACUUACCUGUCUUGUAAUGCAGUUUGUCAUGCCGAAGUGAAUGCAAUAUUGAACAAAAAUUCAGCAGAUGUGAAAGACUGUUCUAUGUAUGUUGCUCUGUUCCCAUGCAAUGAAUGUGCAAAGAUAAUAAUUCAGUCUGGCAUUCGAGAAGUCAUUUAUAUGUCUGACAAGAAUUCCCAUAAACUGGAAACAAUUGCUUCCAAACGAAUGUUUGACUCUUCUGGUGUCAAGUACUGGCAGUAUGUUCCAAAGCGCAAACAUAUUGUUAUAGAUUUCACAGAAAUCAACUGGAAUGAAAUGACACAGUGUCCGCCAUCUCCACACAAAGAUGCUGAAUUGCACGAAGAGAUAAAACUUGACCAAAUGGUCUUGACACAGAAUCAUCUAUGAUAUGAUUCCAGAUGUAAUGUGUGUGUGUGUGUGUGUGUGUGUGUGUGUGUGUGUGUGUGCUCACCAGUAACAAAAUCUGUGAUUUACAUGUAUAAGUGAUGAAUAAAUAUUUUUAUUUUACAAA